CUUUGAUGUCCCUUAACAACCUGAACAAGACGAAGGAGAAGAUCAAGAAGAAGAUUAACAAGUUAUUAUAGUGUGAAUUAUGGCAGGAACUUGUGUGACAGUUUUGUGUCCCAAUGGCAGGAGAGUUGUAGUUACUGUGACACCCAACACCAGCAUCCUGCAGAUCAUUGAAGAUGCAUGCAAGAAGGAAGGUUUCAACCCAGACCAGUAUAAACUCAAACAUCUUCAUCGUAUGCUGGAUAUUAGCAGUACAGUGCGUUAUGCAGGCCUUCCUAAUAAGUGCCAACUAGAGCUUGUUGAAGCUGAUGUUCCACGUACAGUGGAAAAUGUCACUGUUAUCAUUGCUACAGAUUCUGGAGAAAGGCUUACACAUGACUUUCUGGCUACCACUACUUUGUGGGAAAUUUUGACUUACCAUGAAGAGUGUGGUAAAUCAGGAAACCUGCUUCCUUCUCCUGAUAGUGAGUGUGAGCCUGUCAUUGUGUUUACCAUGCGCAGGAUCAGAGGUGAAGAACUAAAAACCACCACACUCAGAUCCCUUGCGAUCCCCAGUGGCAAGUGUAUGCUCAGGUAUAGUGUGAGCUCGGUGCACUCUAGUAAACAAACCAUCGUAUCAACUCCAUUAGUAAAGACCAGGACUUCUCACCAAGAUGAAGAAGCUGAACAUUUAGAAUCAAAAAAGCAGGAUACAAGUGCACAAGCAUCCUCGCAGGAAAAAACUCGACCUGAGGUUCAGAAUAUCCAUCCUGACAAGACUUGUGUUCAGCCACGUCUACAACCUAUGCAGCAGGAGCAACCUAGCUGUCAGUCUCUCCCUAAACUCAGUCCAGAUCUAGUGUGUUCUAGCCAGAGUAUAGUUUCUGAUGUAAAUCACUCUAAGAUUGAUUUACCACAGCCUAAUACCACAAAGGGAAGUGAACAGAUGAAAUCACUGCUGCCAAUGGAUGUAGAUGGGAAUGAUGUACCAUUGUCAGCAAACGUACCUGCUGAUGCUGAACCUUCACUAGUGCUGACUAAGGAGAAAGUAAUUAAGCUUGGUUCCAACAAUGCCAUCCUCUUCAGUAUGGAUGAUGCACCUUCAACUCAUGUUCAUGACGAAGAUGACACCUUCUUUGAGCUGUCUGCAAAUGAAGUGAAGAAAUUACACCAGGAACAACUGAAAGAACUACAUGAGUUGGCAGAAGCACCUAUUAUGACCCAGCAAAUGCGAGAAAUGGAGAAAAAUGCCAAAAUCCUCACUGCUCUCAGCAGAUUUCCUGUCACCCAGCUGCGAAUACAUUUUCCAGAUGAUCAUGUCAUUCAGGCAUCAUUCAACUCUUCUGACACUAUUGCUUCUGUGAUGGAAUUCAUUAAACAGUUUAUAACUGAUCCUACAGCAGAAUUUAGUCUACAUACCAGACAUCCUCCUAGAGUUCUUUCACAUGAUAUGACACUCAUAGCUGCUGAAUGUGUUCCAAAUGCUCGUGUUUAUUUUGUACGUUCUAAUGGAGGGCCUCCUUAUUUGAACGAUGAUACACUAGCCAAGAAGUCAUCAUUUGCAAGUGCCUGUGGCAGCCUGGUACAGAGAAAGCAACGAAGAAAAGCUUGUAAUGAAUCUUCAACAGCAUAUUCUGCUACUGUAAGUUCAAGUCCAAUGCCACCGGCCACAGAGAUUGAUGAUGAAGAAGCAAUGUACAGGAGGACAAGUAAUCGAGCCACUGGAGCUGUACCUAAGUUACCAAAGUGGUUCAAGAUGGGGAAGUGAUAGUUAGUUUUAACAGUGUUUAAGGACUAUUCUUUCUGCUUAACAGUUUGUAGCUUAAGUAUUUUUUACAUUUUGUUUCCUAAAAAAUUAAAUCUUGAAUUCAAGAUUUAUUGUAUGACUUUCUUUAGACUGUAAAUGGUUAAUGAAAGUCAAUUAAAAAUAUUUUUUCUUGUCAUAUCAGUCAUUGCCCUCCCCCCCCAAAAAAACUAUUUUCACCGUUACCCAUUCCAAAACUAUCUUGUUAGAUAUGCAUGGAUAUCACAAUUCAAACCAUCUUGCGAACUGCAAUGUUGCAACCAUCUUUCAGAGUGCAGGCAGUGUACUUCCCACUCCUAGAAUUGAAAUCCAGCUAAUAUUAUCAGUAAUAUUAUUUUAAACUUUUUUAAUUAUUAAGAAUUAAUGUGGAAACCUUGUUAGAUGUAAAUUGUUUUAUGUUCCGAAUUUUACAAGUCAUAAAAUGACACAAUAACAGCUAAUAUAAGCCCAAA